AUGCCACACGCUGAAGGCCAUCACGUCAAAGCUACGCUGAAUUACUAUCUCGACCCCGCCAAAGGCGGGUACGAAUCUUUUUGGUUCGGCACUGUUGGCGAGAAGAGACGUCCUUUUGAAUAUGUCGAAGUCCCGAUCACUGACAUCCGCGGACGGGAAGAAGAGUUUCAGCUUGAUGUUCAUGGUUUUGAGUAUGUGAAAGAGUCGAGUAAAUUAACACCCGAAGAUACGGACAGUCAUGAGAGAAUCAAGCAAGUGUACUAUGGGGAGUGUGAGGAGUUAUUGAAGAGACUAACGGGAGGCUCUCGUGUGCAUAUUAUGGGUCAUGUUUGUCGCAAAUCAAAUUGGGACAAAUUCGCCGAAGCGACGAAGGAUAAAGAGGACAUGGAAAGAACUCCCAUUCCAACUUCUGCACGAUAUGUUCACGUUGACCACUCAUACGCUGGCGCUGAGACUCGCCUACAUUUCUACCUACCGCACGAAGCGCCAGAGAUCUUGUCGCGCAAGAAACGCUGGGCAAUCAUCAACAUCUGGCGUCCUAUAUAUCCAGUCACGCGCGAGAACCUCGCCUUCCUCGACGCCCGUAGCAUCCCAGACACAUCUCUGCGCCCAGUUGUGGCCAAGUUCCGCCGACCUGAGAACCACGAACAGCUUUCCGAAGUCACGCGUAAAGCAUUCGAGAGGAAUGAUGUGGAGACAUGGUCUGUGGCGCCCCCGGAGAAGGUAGAAGGUGAGCACCGCUGGUAUUAUUGUAAGGGAAUGAUGCCCGAGGAGGCAAUCGUGUUCAAGAUUUUCGAUUCUUGUGAGAAAGAGGAAGUGGCGAGACGGGUGCCGCAUACGGCGUUCCAGUGUGACGAGGACUUCGGGGAGGACAGGCAGAGUGUCGAGUUAAGAGGUCUGAUUCUAUGGGAUGAAUGA